AUUAUGACGUCAUUUUCCUGGCAUGGCACAGGAAGUUGGAAAAGUAAGUAUCUCGAUGCCUCACACAAGAUUAGAUGAUGGAUAACGAGGCAGAGGAGGAGGCACCACCUCAAACCCAGGGUCAGAGUUCACGACAUCAGGGUCAUGGUGCAAGUCAAAGGGCACGUGCAAAUGAAAUGACAGUCAACACAACAAUAGCUGCAGUCACAGAAUUGAUAAAACUAAAAAAGUUUCAUGAAGCUCUAGAAUACUGUAAUAGAGGUCUGACUCAGUGUGGUAAUAAUGAAAAGCUUCUAGAGAAAAAGAUUAAGAUUCUGUGUCAUCAGGGUAACUUCGAAGAUGCUUACAGUGAGGCACUUAUCUGGUUACAGAGGGAGCCCAGGCACCCAAUAGCAAUAAAAGAGCUAAAGAGAUUGAAGAUUGUUCUAGAUGCACUGAAGGACCAGGACUCGGAUGAAGAACUGCCCCCAGCUAUACCUGUACAGAAAACAGACAUGCUCGACACUUCAACCUUGGCUCAACCAUCAGCUCAUCAAACAGUUACACAACAAGUGUAUGCCCCGCCUAAUGCUAAUAACUCAGCAAAACCAGCUCAAUCCAUUGACCUGUCCUGCUCAUUUUGUAACAUGACCUUUGAUACAAAGAGUGACCUUGACACUCAUUGCCGUAGUGAUGAACACAAGAAGAACAUAACCUCAGACGAGGGACACAGUUGGAAAUACCGGCCACCUCCUCGAGGCCUUGUCGCAGAUGAUUAUACAUUAUGUCAAAGGUACACUGCAAGUGGACGUUGUCCUUAUGCUGACAAGUGUAUUGAGGCCCACUCUGCAGAGGAGCUGGAGGAGUGGCGAGAAAGGUUCAAGUUCAAACGGCAGCAACUACAGAUGGCAAAAGAUAAACAUCUCCAUGGUAACACAUACCCAGAACAGCUCAUGGAGAAACUCAUGACAGCAGAGUAUCCCAAGUCUGUGAUGGUUGCUAGUGUAGAUUAUGCGAAGGUGAUAGUAAACUCUGAUCUCAAGGUUAACAUGAUCUCCAAGAAGUGCACACAUGCGUGGACAUUCACCAUUACCAGUAAAAUUUGUAUAUUACGAGUGGUAUUACUUGAUGAAGCAGUGUCAAAUUACUUCUACAUAUCCAGUAUAUCUGUCGGUCCAAAGAAAACUCAGAAAUAUCAGAAUCUGGAAAAUCACUGCCAGGAAUGGAAAAACCCAGAAAUCACCAUAAACAGACCAGGGGAAUAUGUAUACAGGGUGAAAGUAGUGUUUAAAACAGAUAUAUAUGGUACAUUUCGUGAGACCCUGGUGUUUGAUUUUGGAUCUGAGCCAGUGUUGAGUAGAGAUAUGCAUGUUGAAUCGGCUCCUGUUACAGAUACAGAAAAAGUUUUGUCAGAAAUCCGACUUAGUCAACAGGGACGCUGGCUGGCUGAUCAAGUUCAAAUAGUAGAAUAUAAACAGAAGGCUCCUGAGGACCAGAAGUCUAUAGACCUGCUGAAGAAGUACUCUCUGCCAGGUAUGAACAAGUUCAAGUUCUCAGAACACCUCAUGCAAACACCGACCAAGGAGAACUACAGGCUCUGGAUGCAUCAGAUGCUUUAUGUUGAGGAGCUCUCACAGAUUGAUAAAAUAUCCAAGUUUAACAUCACCACAUCAUUACAGCUAGUGAAUCGUUUCUUGUUGAUGCCAGGGUCCCUGUCUGCAGCCAAAUUUGCCCAGGAUGGGGAACUGUUUGCACGUAUGAAGUUGGAGGAUGACCUCUCUGUUGACUCAGUUGCAGGACGACUGAUUUUAAAGAGUACAAACCUUGUGUGGCUGGCCCCACAUAAACCUGGAUCCAAAAAUAAUGCACUACCUAAAAAGGUUUAUGAAGCAGUAAUAGAGGACAGAGGAAAGAACUUUAUAUUUUUACGACUGUCCAGUGAGUGUGUGGAGGAACUGCAGCUCACCUGUGACCAGGAAUUUUCUGUAGAGGUUCAGUUCCAGUUGAAUAGACUUCAUUUCUGUGAGAUGCACCAUGCUGUAGAUGCCCUAUCCACUCUCGAUAUAGUCUUCCCACCUACACCAUCCCUCACAAUGAUGCCUCCAGUUGACUGGACAUGGAAAGAGGAUGUUGGAGACAGGACUAAUGAGGAUCAAAGGGAGGCUAUCAGGAAAUGUGCAGCAUAUUCCCAUAUGGCAGUACCUCCCUUGCUUAUUGUUGGUCCUUUUGGAACUGGCAAAACAUACACCUUGGCACAGUGUGCAAAACAUGUCCUGCUAGAAGAAAACACAAGAAUAUUGAUAUGUACCCAUUCUAAUAGUGCUGCUGAUAUUUACAUAAAAGAGUUUUUACAUCCGUAUGUAAUGGAGGGUAAUCUUGAAGCGCGACCACUGCGAGUUUAUUACCGUCACCGUUGGAUACAGACUGUCUCAGAGACUGUUCUACAGUAUUGUAUACAGGAACAGUCCGGCCCACAAGCUGGUACUUUCAGGGCCCCACAGGUAGAAGAUGUAGAGAAGCAUAGAGUAGUUAUCACUACAUUGAGUACAGCUCGGUUACUGUCUGACCUGGACCUUCCUGCGGGAUUCUUCACUCAUAUAUUCCUGGAUGAAGCUGCACAGGCAUUGGAAUGUGACAUGCUGAUUCCCCUGUCCCUAGCAGGGCCUCAUACUAGAGUAGUACUAGCCGGGGACCAUAUGCAGAUGAGUCCUGAAGCAUUUUCUGACUUUGCAAGACAACAAGAGUUCCAUAAGUCUUUACUAGAACGUCUGUAUGAUAUGUACCCGGAUGAAAGUCCUAGUAAAGUGAUGCUGUGUGAGAAUUACCGUGCCAACAGAGCCAUCAUUGAGUUCACAUCGGAGCUGUUUUAUGAUAACAAACUGAAGGCUUCUAAAGAUCCUAUAGCUCAUAGUGUAUACUAUCCUCUGACAUUCUUCACUGCGAGAGGAGAGGAGGUUCAGCAUGAAAAUAGCUCAGGAUAUUUUAAUAUUGCUGAGAUCUACGAGAUAAUUGAGCAGGUGGAUCAUCUUCAGAAACACUGGCCUCCAGAAUGGGGUGACUUUGAUGAGAACAGUAUAUGUGUGGUGGCUCCCUACUCUGACCAGGUGAUGCACAUCAGAAGUGAACUGAGAAAGAAGAAAAUGUUCAAAGUGUCUGUGGAGAGAGUUGUAAAUGUUCAAGGAAAGCAGUUUCGUGUGAUAGUGAUGAGUACAGUGCGUACAAGGUUCACAUGUCCAACUGAUGCUGCAGCCGCAGACAAGCUAGAUCUAGGCUUCCUGUCCAAUAUUAAACUUUUAAAUACGGCCAUAACCCGCGCACAGUCGUUAGUUAUAGCUGUGGGUGACCCUGUCUCGUUAUGUCUGGCUGGAAGGUGCAGUAAAGUAUGGGAGUAUUACAUAGAGGUUUGCAAUGAUAACAACAGUUUCUUUGGGAUGACUGAACCUCACUUGAGGUCCCUGCUCAACAAUGCAGAGAUGACAAAGACUUACAUACUCAACCCUCUCGCCCCAGAGUUCAUUCCAAAAGCCUCAUAUCCCGGGCAGCAAGGACAGCCUGUAUUUAUUACACAUCCUGGUCAGGUGGGUCAAGCAGUUGGUUGGCCUCCUAAUCAUCCAGCAGCAUACAGGGGACCGCAACCAUCAGGACCCUUUAUGGAUAUGCUAUCCUUUAAUGGAAACCCAUAUAUGCCAAUGAUGUACCCAUCACCUUACCAGCCAUAUCACCCAUACAUGGGACCACUUGUAUACAGACCCCACCCUGGCAUGUACCCUGCAAUGGGAGGGAAAGGUCAAGUGAGGGGAACUCUACCUAAACAGUCUGCAGCAAACAAAGCUAAGGUGGCGGCACAGCCAGUCCUUCCUGUGCAGCGAGAUGAUGAAGACCGGAGUGACUCACCGAGGGCAACAGCCACGCCCCCAAAAUCUGCAGCAUCAAAGCAGCAGUCUGGGACAUUGGGAUCACAGUCUACAAAGAAAUCUGGCCAGAAAAGGAUGGUGACAGUAAAUAUGGUGCCUAGAAUGCCAAUGUAUCAACCGUACUACCCUUAUCCGCAGUAUGUCAUCCCACCAGAAGAUCCAAGGUACAUGCAAAUGGCAAUGCAGGCUCCAUAUUACUACUCCUAUCCCAACAUGCCACGCCCACCAUACCCUUACAUGAUGCCUCAACCAGUUCAUGUGCAAAUGCAGCCAAGACCUGGUUCAGGAAGUGUGUCGCCUGCAAGUUCUUCAGAUGGCGCUGUGAAAGGGAACCACCCUACAUCCCCUACUGAUAGUAGUCAAUCAGAUGCACUAUCUAUGUCACCAGGUUCAAAUACUGGGCAGCAUAUUCAGUUACUUCCAAAUGUUAAACAUGUUCCAACACACUUGCUGUAUGGUACACCAGGAAGUGGCAGUAACUCGCGCUCCAGCACUCCUGUUUUGACAAGUUCGCCUGCACCUCAGCAGCAGGGUGGCAUAGCAAAAGAUAGCCCCAGGAACUCUCAGGGAGAGAUGGAAUUCCCAACAUUUAGAAGAAGGCAGCAUAGUGGCCCACGACCAGUCUCUCAGAGUCCAAGUUACAGCUCUCAAGGUUCUCAUGAAAGCUCCACUUCCCCUGUGUUAAAUGGAGAUCAAGCUUCUACUGUGUACAAAACGGAAACUCAGACCGGGGUUCAUACAGAGACAAUAGUGAAAUCACAGAGUCAGUCAAUUUCAAAAUCAGAGAAGCAAACAAUUGCGGCUAAAGCACCAAGAGCCCUGAAAUUGAACACUAAUACAACUGGGUUUAGUCGGCAAUUCAGUGAUGAACUUGGAACACCAACUGAAAUCACAAACAUAGUGAGAAUGAUAGAAGAAAAUAUUGAUGAAGUUGAUGAAGAGGAUGUUGAAAGGACUGCAGACAUGCUGUUUAGAAAGGAGGCUAUGCAUCACAGUAAACCGUCGCCUCCAGCAGGAAAACUCUUUCUCAAUCUUCCUGUACGAACUCCUGCAAGCGAUCCCCCUCAGUCUUCAUCUGGCAGUUCACACGAAGAGGAUCCCAUGCCAUCAUAUGCCAGAGCUGUACGACAACAGUUGCCAUCCUAUAGGGAGACAGACUUUGACCCAUCAAUGUUAGAGCCCCAGACACCCAUGACACCUGCUGGGUUUCAUACUCCGGGAACAGAUAUCAACACUGACCCUCUAGAACUCCUGCGUAAUCUCAAUAUCAAUAAUGAUAACUUAAAUAGGAGUGCCCAUGGUCACUUCUGAAUGAAAAAUCAUGUUUAGCUUUGUUGUUAUAAACGUGUAAAAAAUGGGAACAUUUUAGGUAAAUCACCUUUGUUUUGGGUAGAUUGUGUAUAUCUUAGAGGCUGAUAAGUUUUACAGCAAUUAGUCAUUACCAUAAGGUAAUCUGUUUUCCAGAAACUGCAAAAUUCUAUAUUUUUUAAAAUAAGGCAGUUUUAUGUUGUUAUAUAGAUUUGAAUCAUUUUGGAAUAGUAAGUGAAGUUAAUCAGGGCUCAAGCUAGGUCCAUAUUUUGGGGAGGUCACUUGUCCCUUCAGCUGAUUAAGGGAGAAGUUGAGGGACUUGUAGCAGAUAUAUUUUUCAUACAUAAAAAAAGCUUAAAGCACCUCACUGCACCAAGCUUUUGAAAAGAUAUGUAGGCACAGAUCUGAAAAUAAUUUAAUUUUGCUUGUUUCUGAAUAAAACCAUUUAUAUUACCAUUCAUUUUCUUAGUUACAUCAUUUCCCAUGCAAUAAUUAUAGUUUUGAUUUAAAAUUAUGAAAAAAAAUGUUUUCAAAAAUACAAGCUAAAUAGUUCUUAGGUAGGCAUAUGUGAAACAGAUCAGUACAAUUAUAUGUUAAUUAAUCCACAUUUGUAAAUAAUUUUGGGGAUUUUAAGGACUUUGAGAUCAAUUUCUAGACCUUAUUUGUGUUUAUUUCUUUUAAAAUUUAAGGUUCUGUCUCUAUCUAAGGUGUUGAUUUUUGCAAUAUCUUGUAUCAGGGUAGUUGAGUAACCCGAUAUGGCAGAAGUUUUAUCUCCAUUAAGAUAAUUUUACAAGUAGAUUGCUGAAAAAAGUGGAAUCUACAUUUAAAUCCUUGUAAAGUCGAACAGUAGAUACCAGCAUUUUUAUGCCCCCGAAGGGAGGCAUAUAGUUUUUGAACUGUCUGUCAGUCUGUCGGUCUGUCAGUCUGUCCGCAAUUUUCGUGUCUGGUCCAUAUCUUUGUCAUCGAUGGAUGGAUUUUCAAAUAACUUGGCAUGAAUGUGUACCACAGUAAGACGACGUGCAGUGCGCAAGACCCAGGUCCGUAGCUCAAAGGUCAAGGUCACACUUAGACGUUAAAGGAUAGUGCAUUGAUGGGCGUGUCCAGUCCAUAUCUUUGUCAUCGAUGGAUGGAUUUUCAAAUAACUUGGCAUGAAUGUGUACCACAGUAAGACGACAUGCAGUGCGCAAGACCCAGGUCCGUAGCUCAAAGGUCAAGGUCACACUUAGACGUUAAAGGAUAGUGCAUUGAUGGGCGUGUCCGGUCCAUAUCUUUGUCAUCGAUGGAUGGAUUUUCAAGUAACUUGGCAUAAAUGUGUACCACAGUAAGACGACGUGUCAUGCGCAAGACCCAGGUUCGUAGCUCAAAGGUCAAGGUCACACUUAGAUGUUAAAGGAUAGUACAUUGAUGGGCAUGUCCGGUCCAUAUCUUUGUCAUCGAUGGAUGGAUUUUCAAAUAACUUGGUAUGAAUGUGUACCACAGUAAGACGACGUGUCACACGCAAGACCCAGGUCCGUAGCUCAAAGGUCAAGGUCACAGACGUUAAAGAUCAUUUUUCAUGAUAGUGCAUUGAUGGGCAUGUCUGGUCCAUAUCUUUGUCAUUCAUGCAUGGAUUUUAAAAUAACUAUGCAUGAAUGUGUGACACAGUAAGACAAUGUGUCGUGCGCAAGACCCAGCUCCGUAGGUCAAAGGUCCUUAACUCUAACAUUGGCCAUAACUAUUCAUUCAAAGUGCCAUCGGGCAUGUAUCAUCCUACGGAGACAGCUCUUGUUUUGUUUGUAAUAUUUCUAAGGAGACAGCUUACAAGUUUUUCCUAAACAGUGGAGGUUAAAUAUUUCUGUUUACCAAAAUUAUGCGUUUACAAAACUUGCACAUGUUGAACGAUGAAGGACAAAGUGACGAAGAUGUGAGUCACUAAUUUGCUGCAUACAAUUGCCUCUAAUGUAAAGUAUAAUCUGAUUCACUUUCACUCGUAUUGUAAAAAUUUCACAAGCGCAUUAAGUAGGUGGAGCUCAAAUUAUGCCCUAGGCAUGUGUUCAAGUCUUGUUGACACACUUGUAAACUAACAGGCCAGUUAUCAGUAAUUAGAAAAGUGUAGAUAAAAAGAAUCUGGUGGUUUGAAUUUCACUUUGAGCAAAGUCAGGAGCUUCAAAGGGACUACUUUGCUACUAGUUGCCCCCAAGCUUGAACCCUGAGUUAAUAAAUUGUAAUUUUGUUAUCUGAAGUUUUUUGCAUUUUUAAGGAAAGCAAAACAUAGUUUUUAACUGUAUCACUGCUUGGGAAAUGGUUUGGUCAGUAGCGUAUUUAAUGUUCCCUGAUAUUGAUGCCAAGUUAAUGUGAUGUUAGUCUUCACCUGUAGAUUGAUUACCUUUUUUAUAAGUGAGUAUUCUUCAAGUUUGUAACAAAUAGUCGCUAUGCUCACAUUAUAGUUCUGUAAACUUAGUGUCUAGAUUUUGGUAGUGUCCAGCACUAUGAUGUAUUUACAUACAUUAUUUUUUAUUAUUAAUUGAUGUACCAUUCAGGUAUAAAAGAUGGUUUCUUGUAUAUUUGAUAGUGUUUUUUUCUAGGGAGUCUGAUUAUAUUGAAAUGUGCUGGUCACUAAAACCUGCAUUUUCUCAUUCAGUAUAAUAUUUUAACUUUGUUGAGUAAAUAUUGUCAUCAUGGUAUGUAAAUAGUGAAUAUUUUUCUAAUCUUGCAGGGUUUUUUUCAUCUCGACUGUUAUAAAGCACAAAUUAGCAAUUUAGCACCUGACUUAAAAAAUUAUUUUUCUUGAUCAUGUAAGCUGUAUAGUGAAUUGAAUGAGACAUUUUUAAAACAUCUUGUAUUAUAAUACUCUAUGCCAUACAACAGUAAUAGCUUGAUAUUAGAAAUGGUUAUUUUGUACAGUACUAGAGAUUGCAUAAGAAGAAUAUUCUAGCCUCUUUGUGGCCUGGUAUAUUGAUUGUUUGUUACGUAUUUGAAGUACGAUAUAUUGAUACUGAUUACGUACUUGGUGUUGAUAUUUUAACAUGUGUAACACAGCACUUUAUAUGUUUGUGCACUGUUUACACAUUUAUAUUUAUAUUGUAUAUUUAUUCCAUUUUGAAAGCAUCAUUAACUUGCUUCUUGAUAAAUUGUGUGCAUUUUCAACAUUACUCCAUUUUUUUGCAGAAUUCUUCAAUUUGCAUCACACAAUAUUCAGAGAAGUAUCUGUUUAUUGUAAAUAUUAACAUUUCACUUGUUGUGUCAUGUAUCAUAUGAGGUAAUAUGUCAAAUUUAAUCUUGUAUAUCAUUGCAUUGUUAACACAUGAGCUGCACCAUGAGAAAACCAACAUACUGCAUUUACGACCAGCAUGGAUCUAGAACAGCCUGUGCAUCAGUCUGGUCAGGAUCCAUACUGUUCGCUAACAGUUUCUGUAAUUGCAGUAGGGUUUGAAAGCAAACUGCAUGGAUCCUGACCAGACUGCGCGGAUGCACAGGCUGAUCUGGAUCCAUGCUGGUCGCAAAUGCACUAUAUUGGUUUUCUCAUGGUGUGGCUCAAUUAUAUAUCUGAUUGAUGUGAACUUUCUGGAAUUCCAUCCCACAUCUGUCUCAGUCAUUGAGCAUGCAUUAAGUGCAUGAUGAGAAGUUGUAUAUAUGCAGAAAAUGGACCGGGAACAUUUAUUGCUUCAUGUCACUGAAAUGCUACACAUUUUCCUGCUGCUUUUGUGCAUGUGUUGCUAGGCAACUGCUUUUAGUGCUCUUACUACCAUUACUUUAAAUGGAUGAAAUUUAUGUGUUGGAUUUACUGUGUUUUGGGUAAGAAAAGUGUGCAUCUAGGAUAGCAUUCUGAUGUUCUACUAACAAGCUACACGGCUGCUUACACAUUUUCUCCCCAAAUCGUGAAACAUAUUCUAAAAAUGACAGUUGUAUUACAGACGGUUUGGAUACCGUAAAAAUUGCAACAGAAGUAAUAAUAAGCCCUUCCUGUUGAACAAUGUACAUUACAGACUCAUUCUAUCAUAUAGAUUAACAGUUCACUUGCAUUUCAUCUCAUUUUUUUUGUGCUAUGAUUAUGAAAAUAACAUAUUUGUACAAUCAUUGUAUACUGUUUAUUAUUAAUAUACACAUAUUUCUUUUUUUCACUUGUUAUGAAAAUGGUGUGAAUCACCCUGUACUAAUAUAUAUAUAUAUAUAAAUAAAACUCACUUGUGUAUUGAAAGUGCUUGUUCUUUGCGACUAAUGUAACAUAUUAACACAUGUAUUUGAAAUAUAAUUGGAGUAUUUUGUAACCAUGUUAUACAAGUAUGUAUCAUUUAUCAGAAACAUUUAAUCACAAAGACUGCAUUAGAGCAAAUGUAUGUCGCAAGGACACAAGCAUUUUUAUUCACAUUACUUCUAAUAUUUUCAGGUAAGUCCCAUUUUUAAGUAGCACCCAUUCAUAGUAGUGCUUUUUAGGAUAGUGCUAGAUAAUCCGUGCCAUGAGAAAACCAACAUAGUGCGUUUGCGACCAGCAUGGAUCCAGACCAGCCUGAUGUGUAUCAGGAUCCAUGCUGUUCGCUUUCAAAGCCUACUGCAAUUAGGUAAACCGUUAGCGAACAGCAUGGAUCCUGACCAGACUGCGCAGGCUGGUCUGGAUCCAUGCAGGUCACAAAUGCACUAUGUUGGUUUUCUCAUGGUGCGGCUCAAUUAUGGUUUUGUGAACAUAUAACCAAGAACUGUUUUAUCCUUGUGUAGAAUAUAAUGUGUGACAAAGCUAUGUUUGGUCUUCAGUUUCAUGUCUGGAUAGUAAAUAUUGCUUUAUAUAAAUGCCAUUUAAAAUGGCUUUUCAUUCAGAUAUUUAUUUUUAUACUGAAUGACAGGGAUACAUUUUAAACUUGAAACAAAACUGUUAGACCACACAUAAGCUUUGCUGUGGUUUUCUUAACCAUAUAUACAUGUUUAGAUCAUGACAUUUUGUAUUACAGUUAGAACAUUAGCAGGUCUUAAAUCUUGGGGGGUUGGGGUGACUUGGGAUUGGAGUGGUUUUAAAUCUGUUGCCCCACAUCCCUGGCAUGUUGAACCUCUCCAAGUUAAGAGUUCCCUCAUGUUAGACUACUUUAGAUCAGCUUGCUCAAGGUUUGUGGUAUUACAGAUGUACUCAGUGAUAGUACCUAAAUGUAAUAGGGAGACAUCACUAGUAAAGCCAAACUUUCACUGAACCACCUUGGGGUGUUACUGUAACUAUACAACAGUAAAAAUAUGACUUUAUGUCUUUGUGGAUAGUUUUAGACAUGUACUUGUUUAAUAGCCAAGUUCAGUAUAACACAAAUCAAGUUCUAUGUAUUUCUAUUACCAAACUGUCAUCACAAAACUGGUUCACAUUGCAAGGACAAAAUGUGUACAAUUACCAUGUUUUUGAGCUGAAUGGUAAAAAAAGUAAGGUUUGUGUUGUUUUUGGUUGGUGUUGGCUAUAGUUAUUGAUGUAACCAAACUGUUUGAAAUAAUCUCUGUUUUCUGAUAUAUUCUUUGUAUAAAUGUAACUUGUACACAUGGUAUUUUUGUAAUGCUUUAAUCUUUUACUGUUCAAGGCUUCAAUCAAAGUUAUACAGUUGCCUUAUGUGUUGUCUACCUUGUCUUGAGAAUGUUCUAUGAUACAGCAAAACUAAUGGAAGGAAAUAAUUCCGUAGAAACAUUGCAAGUACUGGCCACUUUUAACCUAACAUAAACCAAUGAAGGAAGCUCAGUAUUCAGCUUGUACAAUGUAUAUAAUGUGAAAUUACUCAAUCCUGUGGGCAUACAAUUCUGUUAUUUUGGACAAAAUGCCUUUUUCAUAGGGAUGUGAAUUUGAAACCAGAAAUAGGAAUUUUAUUGGUUUAUCUAAAUCCAGUCAACUACUAAAUAAGUUCCCUGUGAAUAAUGAUUUAACAGUGGAUAAAUCUUUUUAUUAUUUGAGUGCUAAAUUUUGUUUGAAACAAUUCAAGAUUCUAUCUUAAAGGAAGAAAAGAAUCCCUUGCACAUAAAAUUGUUGAGUACAAAUAGACAAAUAUGUUUGUGUUAAUUUUUCAUUGGAUGUACUUAUUGUAGUAGAAAAAGUAUAUUAAAGGUAUGUUUUACAGUUUAAAAAAGUCCUUUCUUGACUGUUUCUGUAUAAAAAAUCAGGUGGAAAAGAUGCAGAUAAAUAUUUUUAUACAUCAGUGUUACACAGCGAUUUGAUUUGCUGUAAUGGUGAGGGGUACAAAACUCGCUUUCGCUAGACAUUAUCUUUGUGUUUUUGGGCUGUUUUUUUUAGUACUUGUGACAUUUGUUAAAAUUUCUCUGUUCUUGAUUGGUGCAAUAUUUCUUUGUGCACACAGUACCCUUGCUUCACUGUCUUGAUUUUUUUUUUUUAAUUCUAACUGCUAAAUAUUUGUUUGGACUUAAAAAUGGCGAAGGUGGAAAAUACACACAGAAAAAUUUGUUAUUGAUAGCACAAAAGUUAACAUAUCAAAGAAACAAAAGAGUAGCGUUUGAAAUGAAUAAAAAAAAAACAUGGUCAUACGAGUAUUAAUUGUACUUUAUAUCCAUGUUGUAUAUUUUAAAUGGCAUGCUUUAUGCAUCGUUAUGCCAGUUUUAACCAUAGAAAUUUUUAUGGAAAGGAUAACAUUUUGUCGAGUUUUAAGAAUUUUUCUUGCUUAAUUCUUUCAACAUGUUAUAGUUUUGUUGAUUCUAAAUUUUAUAAAAUUGAUGCUUAUUAACAAAAGAAGAAAAAAUUCAGACAAGAAAACCUGAUCAGUUUUUUUUUUUUUUUGCAGAAGAAGUGUCUUUUAUUGUCAAAAACAGUUCCUUGAUUUUAAUACUAAUACAGUUUGCAUUAAUGACAUUAGACAAAUAAAUGUUAUCGGUAUGCCAUAUCUUUAACAGGUUAUUGAUCUGUCAGUGAUGGGUAUGUUAUUUUUAUUUUUUAUCUUUAAAGAAUCUAAUGUUACGUAUUGUUAAACCAGUUUAUGAUAAACUGUAAAAGACGUUUAUACUUUGGUCAUAUGUUGAAGUAUUUAUUUGCCAGAACAUUAGUAAUUUAGAGUAUCUUUAAUUUUUUAACAUUUAUGGAAGAUUAUAACAACAUUGAAGAAAUACUUCACUAAUUUACCCCAAAUUUUAUGUAUAGUUGAAAAGACAAAAUGAAAUUAGAAUUGGAUACAUUCAUUACCGGUAUUUACAAAUUAGGUGUAUACGGGAAAUAAAUAGUUCUGCAAAUGGUCCAUAUUAUAAUCAAGUGUGUUAGAUAUUUUCCCUGUUAUGCUUAACUGUUUGUUGUCCAUAAAAGUUUAAGUUGAAGUGAGUUCAUCAUGGAAUGUUAUUUCUUCUUAAUUCAGUUACUUUAACUGGAUGUGGUAGCCAUUUCUCACACAUGUCCAUGACUGCAUAUCAGGUUUAAUGUAAUUAAUUUUUAAUGUAGACUUUGUCUAUUAAUUUUUGGCUUUUUAGCACCCAUUUACUCAAUUCAAAACUGCUUUGGUUGAUAUGUAAGCAAAGAUGUGACAAAAAGAUGCAAAAAAGAGAAAUAGUGACCUAAAAAUUACCUGGAAUAUUGUAAAAAAAAAGGUGUGUAUGAUAUGUAAGCAUAGAUAUGUGUGUAGUCAAUGUUCUGACUGCUGCAUCUACAGUAGAUUAUACAUGUUGUAGUGAGCAUCUAUCUCACUCUAUCUGUCAUCAGUGUAAUGAAUGAUAUGUAGGGUGUGGAUGGCUGUAGUAAUUAAAAAGGUGUAAUCCA